AUCCAAGCUAAACAUACUCACCGGGCUGACUGCAAAGUGUGAACUGAGAGCUGCGGCGGUGUGAACGGGGCUUAAGUCGCAUGCGCUCGUUCCAAGUGCCAGUUGCUUCAGAGCUUUGGCUUUGGCUUUAUCACAUGGACGCCGUUCGCGUUAGUCGGUGUUGCGCAUUUGGCCAGAGCUGACGUGAACUCGCAUUGAGACAACCCGCAAAAUAAAAGAUCCUAAAAAUAAAAUACAAAUCAAAAUCAAACCGACACUAACUGACGAAUCGAUUCAAAUCUGAAAAGAUAUUCGAAAAUAAUAAUAUAAAUAAUAAUUAAAAAAUCCCGCGCCAAGUGCAAUCAUUGAACUUGAGUGAAGUGAAAUAUCGCAGAAUUUAUGUGAUAAAAAAUAGAAAAAAUAUAAAUUAAAAGAGCAAAAUAUAUAUUCAUAGAAAGUGAAUCAAUCGAAUGUUUGCCCGGUAGCUGAAAAAGAAACAAGUGAAUUUGCUAUGCGAAAUGCUAAUUUGUCAAUUUUUAAAUGGUCGUGUAGCAUUUUUGUUCGUUGGCAAAAUGAUUUAAGUUAAACGCCAGCCAAACAGUUAUUUGUUAAAUGAAUGGUCAAGUGCUAAUUUGUUGUUAAUUUCUUGUCGAUGACAACUUUUUUUCUACCUUGUUCAAGAUCUUUUCAUCACUUUUUUCGUUCGCUGUGCAUUUUUGAAACAUUUUUGUUCUGGUGUUUUAUAUAUACAAAUAUAUUAUUUUUUUGCAUUUUUGUUGUUGUUGUUUUCGUUUAAACCGCACCCGAUCAUCAAUUAUGAAAUACAAUAGAAUGAUAAUGCAAAUCGAAUAAUUCGAAUUUUGCGCAUUUCAUUUCGAGUGCUUUGUUUGUUCUCGCUCUACAGUGUGUUUUAUUCUUAUUUCGGUAUCGGUACAACAAAUAAUUGAUCGCAACCUGUUUUUUUUUUGUUUUGGACAACAACUCCGCUAUUCUGGACGGGAGAAACCAUUCAAACUGAGUCGCUGAUCAAUUUGUCAAAUAUUUGUGACCAUUGAUGUAAAUUGCUACAAAUCGACUUUGGGGGCUGCGUCAUGUUGUUGUCGCUGUCUGUGCAACAUGUAGAACAACAACAACAAUCAGAACAACAACAACAACAACAACGACAACAAGAAGCACAUAAACAAUUAUCUGGCUGCGAGAAUUGGCCAAGAGCAAUAAUAACAUUAAAAACAAACUAAAGCGAAAAACUCGACAACGAAACUCAGAAAGACAUUUUCAAUACAGAGAAUUAUAUAUAUAUAUAUAUAUAUAUAGAGAGAGAGAGAGAGAGAGACACGUCUAUAGCCAGAAGCAAGUAGAACGAACAAACGCAAAUUGAAAGCAACAAACAACAUCGAGGGAACUUUUGAACCGACCGAAAAAGUAGCAAGUAAAUUUGCUAAAGCAACAACGACAACAAUAAUAAUACCAACAACAACGAAAAGAACAACAACAACAACAAGUGUCGCCGUUUCUUAAUGCAAAACAACCAUUCUGUGAUAUCUUAAGAUCCAAAGAUGACAUCGUUAACCUUGCACUUGAUAGUGAUAACGCUGCUGGCGGCGGCAGCGGUGGCAGCCACAAACACAGCGGCGACAACCGGAACUGGAACGGCAACUGGAAAGGGAACGCGAGAGGGAACGGGAGAAGGAACGCCAACGGCGUCGCGUGUCUUUGGACAACGCGGCAGAGGAGCAGCAACAACAACAACAUCAGUGACAACAACGAGCACGCAGGCGCCAACGUUGCGAGCACCGCGUCAGCGACGUCCGCUGCCAACGACAACGCUGCCCAUUGACGCCAGCAGCGUUCGCAGUCGAGGCAGCUUCAGUGGCAGCACAACACCGCUGCCAGCAACAACGCAACGUCUGCAACGUCGUCGUGGUAGCACAACAACAACAACAACGACGACAACGAGGCCAGCGUUGCAGUCUGGAGGCAACAGCAUUGGACGUGGCAGCAAUCGCUUCAGCAUCAGAGCCGCCCGCCAACCACGCGACACGCCAACGCAAAGCGUUGACUUCGACGCCAGCAGCAGCAGCAUCAGCAAUAUCGCUGGGAGCGCCAACAACCGGCGCCUGCAGCCACAUCAGUCGCUGUCAUCGGCGACGUCCUCCAAUCCAGUUGCCGCCGCCUCCUCUUCCUCUUCCACCUUCUCUGCUUCUUCUGCCUCAACACGCAGCAGCGCAGGCGCACUCAAAACGCCGCGCAUGAUCCAGCGUCUGGUGGCCGGACACAUUCACAACGCACAGAGCCACUCCACUUAUGAGGUGUCCGCCGUGAGCGCCAACAGCAGCCGCAGCAGCAGCCUCACUCCAACGACGACGACGCCAUCGACAUCGACAACGACAGCUUCUCCACAAGACCGACGUCGCAAGGCAAGCAGUUCGUAUCGCUUGGCCAGGCCAGCAUCGAUAGCGACAACAGCAACGCCAACACGCGACGAUGAUGAUGACGAGGCGCUACUGAACGAACCGGAUGACUUUGACAACUGGGACAAUGGCAUACUGCGGCUGAGCGCCGGCUCUGGCAAGGAGUCGGAAGCAUCCAAUGCCAAGGGCAAGCAGAGCAAGGAGGAAUCCAAGAAGACGCUGUCGGAUCAGGUGCGCGAUGGCAAAUACGGUCUCAUCGAAAAGGAACUCUUCCGUCGUGUACCAAAGCGUCCCGGUGUCCUGAGUUAUGCCCGGAACUCGGAGGUGCCGCUGGACAAUGAACGCAACUUUGGCGGUCUUAACGAACAGGACAUUUGGCUGGCCGAGGAUCAUCUGCUCGUGAUCAAGGGUGGCAGCUUAAAUGAGGCAGAAAACGAAGCCGGCGGCGGUGGCGGUAUUGGAAGCAACGAUGAUGGCUGGCCGGCAAUUGAUGAUUAUGAUGCGCCGGCGAGGCAAAUUAAAUUGCCAAGCAAUCCGGUGGUGCCGCCUCCAUUUCCCGUGCAGCUCGAACCGCAUGGGCCACUGCAGCUUAUCCGAGAUAAUCAAAUCGAGAGCAUCCAUACGGCGUCAGGCAAUGGCCAAGGCAAUGGAACGCACAUCCACAACGGCCACAGCAAGCAACAUAACCCAAACGCUGCCCACGGCCAGGGGACGCAUUCUGCUACCCGGACGGGAGCGUUUGCGUCGCCUAAGACAGCUGACCCGCAGCCCAGUUACGUCUACCCGGCGCCCUAUGCUCCCUGGCUGCUCUAUCCCAACGAAACGACGCUAUCCCAACAGCCAACGCCGUCCCAGCCGCAUACGCAUAACGCACCUCCGGCCAAUGCUCUGCUAAGAACUCCGCUGCUCGGUCCCUGGUUGAUCAACGGACUGAACGCAACGGCACCUGGCUCCUUGCCUGGCAAUUUUAGUGAUUUUGAUGAGGAUGAUCCCUCGCUCUACUAUCCGCCCGCGUAUAGUUUUGUGUAUCGCAGCAACUACUCGAAUCCUGUGCCGCCAGGACCUUUGGUGCCGGGCAUAGUGUUGCCUCCGCCACCGGAUCACUUCAGUCGCCUUGAGGAACCUCCAGCGAAGACAAAGCUGAAGCAAGCAUCGACAACGACAACAGCGAGCACAACCACAACAACGACAACGACGACAACCACUCGACGUCCCUACAUUCCCCCCACGAGCAGCAGCAGUCCAAGCAGCUCUACCAGCAGUCCCAGCAGCUCUUCUUCCUCCUCGUCCUCCACCACAACACGUCCAGCAUCGCGUCUCUCGCUCAAGUACAACGCAAUUGCCUAUGUGCCGCCUUCUCCAACCUCACCGCCCGCUCCACGCCAGCCAACGCCACCCAAGUAUGUGGAGCGUGUCCCAGUUCCAGUUGCAGUGCCCAUUCCCAUCUAUCCGGUGAACUAUCAGCCAACGACGCCACGAUCACCGCCGCCCCCGCCAGCUCAACUCGUCUUUGUGCCCAGCACCGAGCGCAAUCUCGUGGAGCGUCCCAGGGAACGUGAGCGAGAGCGAGAACGCGAGCGAGACAGGGAGGCACCUUUGUCCAAGUCCAAUCCCAUUUACUACGAAUACUUCGAGGCCAAGCGGCAGCCAUCGUCGCACAAGUCCAAUGUCAUCGAUGACUUCCUGGCCACCAAGCCGCCGGGCAAACGAACGCAUUACAAAUCGCCCCCGAGUCCCGUCAACGAUGUCGCUGUCGUCAGUAUUACGCCCAAGCCGCGCGUUCAGCUGCACUCGGAAUACGAUGCAGCCUUGGGUCAGUUUAUACGCAGCAAUCUGAUUGCACCACCAGCGGGGACAGGAAGUCGCUUUCAAGCGCCGGACUUUGAUCGUCAGCCAUUCCUACCAAUGGUCAAUUACAGUGCUGAUGAGCAGGAUACGAACGCCUUCAAGGCAAUCGUCUAUCAGCCGCAAUCCCCAAGUCCUCAGCCAGUUCAGAGACAACGUCAGUUGCGAGUGGGCAAGCAUCAGCAACUACAACUGGAGCCAGCGCUAGAGUCCGUUCCGGAACAGGGUCAGGGACACGAACAGGACUCCUAUCUCCCCGAUGCGUUGUUGCUGCAACGUCAGCGCCAACUGCGUGUGGGCAAACAGCAGCUUCAGCUGCAGCUCCAACUGCAAUCACCAUCGCCCUACGAUGCCCCACAAGUUGUCUACAGCACGCCCCUGCCGCUCCCUGCCGCCUAUCUGGGACAAUCAGCUGCAGUCGCGCCCUGCCAAGUAUCAGUUACGUCCCCCAGCUCCGGCGCCGCUUCAAUACUGGCAACGUCCAGCGGGCCACCUCCACCGCAGCAACAGCAACAGCAGCAACAACAACAACAGCAAUUCAAGCGCUUGCGACACAGCAGCGCCAAGCAUUCAUAUCCGCCGUACUUUGUGCCCAGUUAUCCGAGUGCACCGGGUCCGGAGCCCUUGUACCGUCUGGUGCCCGUGCCACAGCACAAACACUGGCGGCCGAGUGGCAACGGCAAUGGGAACAAGCAAUCGCAGCAGAUUCAGGUGCAACCACAGCAACACCAACCGCAACAACAGCAGCAGCAAUAUUAUCCGGAUCGUGGCGUGAACAUUGGACACAGUUUGGCCAGCGAUAUUCUGGUGAACUACAACAGCAACAAUCAGUUCAAUCCCCAAGCGGAGCUGGUGCCUCAGGCGCAGUUAGGACCACCUCCCUUGUCCUACCAGGCCCAGAAUGGAGGUCCGCUGUGGUCCGAUAGACCGGUGCGACAGUCGCGUGCCCAGCUGCAGGAGCAGGUUUAAUCUCCAGCCCCCAGGGAUCAUCCUUGGUUUCUAUGUCAACAAACGCAAAAUGUGAUCCAAGGGCGAAAAACUGAAAAUUCGGAUUAUAAAAUACAGUGUUCCAUUUCCAUUUGUUCCAAGACCACACCAAUAUUAAAUAUCAUUCAUUACAUUAGCUGAAAGUGGAACAACGAGACAGCUACUUUCCGGUUAAAAAUUCAGUGUUCCAAUUUCAAUUGUUUCAUCUGCUUUCUGGAUUAAAAAUGUAAUGUUCCAAGACAUCAAAAACCUUAAAUGUUAAAAAAGUGGCUAGAAAUGGAACAAAAAGUCAGUUAGAAUUGAACGAAAUUUAUUGCUACAUUGUUUUGAGUCGAAGAAUAAUCUGUUUUUUUUUUCGGUUUCAUCAGCCCUGGACUCAACUACAUAAUAUAAUUAAUACACGAAUGUACUAUAUAAUAUAUACAACUGGUCAGAGAUCUGCCUAGUUUAUCAUUUUCGAAUGCCAAUCAAAUAUUCGAAAUUCCCUAAUACGAAAUGUUCUUCACAGCACAUUUAUACCAUAUAUUUAUAAAACAAAAAAGAAAAGAUAAACAUCACAUACAACUACAACUACAUACAUUGAAAGCAACAAAAAAAAAAUUGUGUAAAUACGUUAAGGAUACGACAACAAUUACGAUAACGAUAAAGGUGUGCGCCAAAUAAUCGAGUGCAGAAUUAUUGGAGUGCUACACUUACUAUACUCUUAGUUAAAAACAGAAAAAAAGAAUAAACCUUUUCUAUUAUAUAUUGUAUGUAUCAAUUAAGCUAGCUGUGCUGCAAAAUGCAUAGCAUUUAAAUAUUCAAACUACAUUUAAGGUUUACUUAAUAUUAUUAUAUGCAUCAUUUUUUAAUUUAUUGGAAAAUUCCAUUUCCGACACGUCAACAAAAUUGAAAGCAAAUUUGUAUAAAAGCCAUAAAAAUAAGUUCACUAUAUAUUUGUAAAAACCAAAAACAAACAUUAAGAAAACGGAACAAAGUUUCAAAAAAUCGAUAUAAAAUGUAAAGGGAAUUAAAUGCAUCAUGCAUAUUCCUCUUAUGCACAAAUAAUCAUAUAUAUAAUACGUAUAUCAACUCUAUACCUAUAUAAAAUUCUUUUUUUUUGUAGAUGUAAUAUUGUUUUAAUUAAUAAGCUUAGCUGAAUAUUGUAUUUCGUUUAAAU